AUGAAUGUUCUCGUCUACAAUGGGCCAGGGGUUUCUCCAGACUCCGUCAAGCACACUGUAAUAACGCUGAGACGACUGUUGGAGCCAUUUUACGCGGUAAGUACAGUGAAUGCCAAAGUUCUUCAAACGGAACCUUGGGCCGGCAAAACAUCGGCUUUGGUGUUUCCAGGAGGUGCUGAUCUUCCUUAUACAAAGGAAUGUGCAGCUGUAAUGCCACAGAUCAAGAAAUUCGUUUCUAAACAAGGUGGUUCUUUUAUUGGAUUUUGUGCCGGGGGAUAUUUCGCUACUGACCGUGUCGAGUUUGCCUUGGGUGAUCCUAUGCUCGAAGUAGUUGGUAAAAGAGAACUCAAAUUCUUCCCUGGAGCUGGUCGAGGACCAGCUUUCCAUGGUUUCAAGUAUAAUAGUGAAGCAGGAGCUCAUGCGGCUAGACUCAGGCUUCCUAACGGUGAAGAAUUUAAAACCUAUUACAAUGGCGGGUGUGUCUUCGCGGAUGCAGAAAAAUACGACAACGUAGAAGUGUUGGCUCACUACUCAGAGCCUUUGGAUGUGCCAUUUACAGAGGGUUCUUCAAAGUUGGGUGCUGCCGUGGUCUUGUGUCAAGUCGGCAAAGGCCGGGCUCUUUUAACUGGCCCACAUCCCGAAUAUGUACCACAACUGCUACAAAGAAGGCAUGAUCACGAUUACAACUCUUCAAUCGUUGACGCUCUGAUGGAACACGAAAGCGCUAGGUUGAAGUUUAUGAAGGACAUACUCACAAAAUUAGGACUACAUUGCAACAACGAUUUUGCUGAUAGGGCAGCGCCAAGUCUUACGCCUUUGAUGGUUGUAGCUCUCAAUAACCCGGAACCGUUGAAAAAAUUAGAACAAAACCUGAAAGAGAGCGAUGCCAAGUAUGAGAACGGUGUCACAAUUUUAGAGGGAGAGACAGACACUUUCCGGAUUUACAACAGUUUCGAUCAGUACGAUAAAGCAAGUGCUGAAUUGUUAGAUCAAGAACCAGAUGAUGUUGCCAAGUCUAUUUUAAUUGCGUCCGCUAACGACCCUUGCCCAUCAUCCAAGUUUACCCCAAAUUUCGACAUUCAGAAGUAUUUCCAACAUUUGAAUGCUCAGACCUCAGUGGGUUCUCUUCUAAUGUACGGUGAAAUAAUAACCUCAUCGAGCGCUUUAUUGAACAACAACAAGAAACUGCUGUCUCUUUUUCCAGACACGUCUAUGCUUCAUAUUGGAACUAUACAAGUGUCUGGUCGUGGUCGCGGGGGGAAUGUUUGGGUCAAUCCCAAAGGUGUUUCAGCUUCAACUGCCUGCGUUAACCUUCCGUUAAGUUCUCCUAAAACAGGACGUCCAACUUCGAUAGUUUUUGUCCAGUACCUCGCAAUGCUGGCCUACUGCAAAGCCAUUUUGGGAUACGCUCCAGGCUUCGAGGACAUUCCUGUUAGAAUAAAGUGGCCAAAUGAUUUAUAUGCGAUGAAACCAGACUACUAUCGUGAUAAAAACAUCCGUUUGACCGGUAAGGGACUUGAAGGAAAUAAAAUUCCUCUUAAUGACAUAGAGCCUGCGUUUGCCAAAACUUCAGGCCUUUUGGUUAACACUAGUUUUUACAAUAAUAGCUACUCCCUUCUACUUGGAUGUGGUUUGAAUGUCUCUCAUGAUGGCCCCACUACCUCGUUGAAUUCAUGGGUUAGAAUAUUGAACCAGGAGAGAGAGAUGUUCCACAUGCCACUGCUACCUCUAGUUGAGGUAGAAAAAUUACAAGCUCUUUACAUGAACAACUUGGACUUCAUUUUAAAAGAGUUUUUGGAUUAUGGUGCAGAUCGUAUGCUACCAGAAUACUACAAGCUAUGGCUACAUACGGAUCAGAUUGUAACCCUGACUGAUCACCAGAAUACUCGCGCUAAGCUUGUUGGGAUCACUAAGGAUUAUGGACUACUUAUUGCAAAAGAAUUGAUCUCCGGUACUAACACUCAAUUCACAGGUAACAUAUAUCAUCUACAACCAGAUGGUAACACUUUCGAUAUAUUCAAGGGAUUGAUCUCAAAGAAAGUAACUUAG